UCAGUCCUGGCUGCCGGGCCCUAGGGAGGGCGCGUGCUAUGGCGCUGUUGCGUCCCGGGACCCUUUCCUGACACCUUCGCCGCCCGGGGCAUGUGGAUCCUCUCGGGUCGGGGCUGGGGGCGCGGACAUGCGCUUGCGCUGGAUCAUGGCAAAAGUACUUUAGCAGACAGGCUCCUAGAACUAACAGGAACAAUUGAUAAAACAAAGAAUAACAAGCAGGUUCUUGAUAAAUUGCAAGUGGAACGAGAAAGAGGAAUCACUGUUAAAGCACAGACAGCGUCUCUUUUUUACAAUUGUGAAGGAAAGCAAUACCUUUUAAAUCUCAUUGAUACACCAGGCCAUGUUGACUUUAGUUAUGAAGUAUCCAGGUCACUUUCCGCUUGCCAGGGCGUUCUACUUGUGGUUGAUGCAAAUGAGGGUAUUCAAGCCCAAACUGUAGCAAACUUCUUUCUUGCCUUUGAAGCACAGCUAUCAGUAAUUCCAGUUAUAAACAAGGUAUUUAUUUGGUAUUGGCCAGCUAGGGGUAUAGCAGUGAAUAGAUUAGAAGCGAAACCAAUGGUAUUUGCAGGAAUGUACCCUGUAGACCAAUCUGAAUAUAACAACCUGAAGAGUGCUAUAGAGAAACUGACUUUAAAUGACUCCAGUGUGACAGUUCAUCGGGACAGUAGCCUUGCCCUUGGUGCAGGCUGGAGGUUGGGAUUUCUUGGACUUUUGCACAUGGAAGUUUUCAACCAGCGACUAGAGCAAGAAUAUAACGCAUCUGUUAUUUUGACAACACCUACUGUUCCAUAUAAAGCUGUUCUUUCAUCAGCAAAAUUGAUAAAGAUGGCUUACAUAAAGGGCAGGAGCUGUGUUAUUUCUGACAUUCAGAAUGCAUUUGUAGACAAAGCACACUUGGUCGGCAAAACGAUAUGUGAGCGGCUAAAGGAUUCUCUUCCUAGGCAGCUGUUUGAGAUAGCAAUUCAAGCUGCUGUUGGAAGUAAAAUUAUUGCGAGAGAAACUGUGAAGGCCUAUAGGAAAAAUGUUUUGAUAAUGAGGAUUCUUUUUAAGGAAUCUACUUUGGCAUGA